AUGGGCAAGGAACAGACGGCAGCACCGACGGGUACGAAGAAUGUGCGAAAGACGCCCAUCGAGUCCCCGGCGCCGGACUGCGUGCCCCCUCCUCGUCCGGAGCUCACAGAUGAAGAGAAGGUCAAAUACGCCUCCCUCCUGGAGAAGAUGCAGGCGGUGACGGAGGUCAAGUGCACGACCGUCAAGGAUAGCGAGGGCAAGGACGUGGACAGGUCCGGGCCCAUCACGCCCGACGAGCGUAUGUGGCUGACGCGCGAGUGCCUGCUUCGGUACCUGCGCGCCACGCGGUGGGUCGUGGACGAGGCGGCCAGCAGGCUGUCGUCGACGCUGGCCUGGAGGCGCGAGUACGGCAUCACCAGCUUCACGCCCGACUACAUCUCCCCGGAGCAGGAGACGGGAAAGCAGAUCAUUGUGGGCUUCGACAGGGUCGGCCGGCCCUGCCAGUACCUCAACCCCAACAGGCAGAACACCGACGCCACACCCCGCCAGAUCCACCACCUGUUCUACAUGGUCGAGCUGGUGGCCGACAUGAUGCCCGCCGGCGUCGAGACGCUCAACCUCAUGAUCAACUUCAAGCCCACCAAGACCAACAAGAACACCAGCACGCCCAUCUCCACCGCCAGGGAGGUCCUGCACAUCCUGCAGAAUCACUACCCCGAGCGUCUGGGCAAGGCUCUCAUAAUAAAUGUUCCCUGGGUGGUAUGGGGCUUCUUCAAGAUCAUCACCCCCUUCAUCGACCCCGUCACGCGCGAGAAGCUCAAAUUCAACGAGGACAUGCGCCAGUACGUCCCACCCCAGCAGCUCUGGAGCGCUGACUGGGGAGGCGAAAUGGACUUUGAAUACGACCACGAAGUCUACUGGCCUGCCAUCAACAAGCUCUGCCGGGAGAGGAGGGCCGAGAAGAAGCGCCGCUGGGAGGCUGCCGGCAGCGAGGUGGGCGAGUUGGAGGAUUACCUCGUCGCUGGUACGGAUGAGAGCGUCAAGGGUGUAAAGUACGGUGGCGCUGCUGUCCUGGAGAGGGAGAAGGAGGAGGAUGCUGUUGAUGCCGUGGGUGACAAGUUGGCCGAGGCAAAGCUCGAGACCAACGAGGUUCAAGCGUAG